AUGAUUGAACAUUUCGAAGCAGAUCGUUCUCGAGCUAAGGAAGCGCUCCUUCUCGCCCAAAUUGCUCAGCGCAAGGAUUAUAAUCGAGGCCGACGUGUGGAGGAGUUUGAGGAAGGUGAGCUUGUGGUCCUCAAUCCGCAUUCACUUCAGUUACUCCGCAACGAGAAGGGUCGGGGCAAGAAAUUGCUCAUGAAGUACGACGGGCCCUUCGAGAUUAUCCGGAAGAUAAGCCCGGUAACUUAUCAGCUGCGUCUUCCCGAAUCGUAUGGCAUGCAUCCCAUCCUCAAUAUC